CUGGUACACCUGGCAACGAGUAACCCUGCCUCCCUCCAGCAUUCCAGCCUCUCCCUCUCAGUGUGGGGGGGGCGGAGGGGUGGUGGGAGGGUUGGAAAUGAACACUCAGCUCUCUCUCUCCGCCAGGGACCCUUGGUGUACGAGGAGAGGCUGGUCCCUCCCUCGCUCUGGGACAGCCCUGCGGGUCUCUGCUGCUGCCUUCAGGAAGUCCCGAGAGGCGGAACCGGAGAUCUGGGAUCCGCCGGCAGGAGAGGGAUCCCAGGCCGGAUCCGAUCGUACGCGGUGAGGUCCCCAGAGGGUCUGUCCAUCCCCUCCCCCGUUGCUGCACAGUGCGAUCCCAGGAUGAAGGAGCGGUGCCGGCUGUGCGCGGCCGAGCUGAGGGGGACCCGCAGGAGGUGGAUAUUCGGCUCGUCCUCUGGGGUGGACCUUGGCGCCGUGCUAUCCCACGUGCUGGGCCGAAGGGUGUGCCGUGGGGAGGGGGAGGGGGACGGGGAGGGGGAGUUCCUGUGCGGUAAGUGCGCCUCCUCCCUCCAGACGCUGUACCGCUUCGACGGGGUGAUCGCCCGGGUGCGGGCCCUGUCGCUGCAGAAGGUCCGGGAACUCCUGGGCCAGAGGGAGAGGCUGCGGCACUACCUGCUGCACCUGCACUCCCGGAGGCGGCCCGCAGGGGGAGACUCCAGCACCGCCGGCGGCGGCAGUCCCCAGGGCAGCCAGUAUGAGGCGCUGCUGGAGCAGGAGCUGGCGCUGUCCGCCUACGAGUGCUGGUCCCUGGAGUCCCGCCCCUGGGGCUGCGCGUGUCCGGGCCGGAGCUGCUCCGGGUGCUCGGCAUUCCGGGUCUCCGACGCCGCCUACGAGAGCGUCUGCCGCUUCCCCCGGCGCCUGGCCCCCCUGCGGCUCUCCAGGGACAAGUCCAGGAGCAUGCCCCUGGACUGGGGGGUCCUGGGCUGCAGCCCCGGCCAGGCCGGGGGCUGGGGGGCCAGCAGGUGGAGAGGGGCCGAAGGGUCUCCGCGCUCCGACGGGGGCUGGCCCCGUUCCCGCUCCCUCUCCGCCUCCUCCCUGGGAGCACCCCCUAGCUCUGAGCCCUACAGCGACGAUACCCUCUCUGAGGAGGAGGGGGAGGGGGACGGGGGGCACUGGAGGUGGGCACUGUCGGCUGCACUGGCAUCACUCAGGGCCAUCGCCCACCGCCCGGUGCCCGUCACGCCCAGGGGCAGCAAGAUCCCAGUCCGUACCCGGGCGGGAACCGAACCAGCGCUGGGAGCCCGGCACACUCCCGGAGAGUAUCCCAGCGGAAUCGAGGACUCCUUCCCGGAGAUGGACGCUGACCUCUCGGCCGAGUAUCUCCCCUUCGACCUGCGGAAGUUUCUGGAACAUGACCCCCCACAACGUGACAGUGCGGAGCAAAUGAUAGCAGAGUUGCAGAAACACCUCGAGACAGCAAGGCACCACAUCCAGACUCUGGAGAAACAACUGAACGGAGCAGUCUGCUCUGACCAGCAGCAGAUCCAAGUUCAGCCGAAUGCCGGCCAGGAUUCUGACAGCGAGGUCCUCCUGACAAAGUGGUUAACGUCCCAACUACACAGCAAGGAGCGCCUACUCCAGCAAUGUCUGGAGUUGCUCAGGCAGCUGCUCAGUGGGUCCAGUUCGGUGCAGGAUGUGAAGACUGACCUGGUUGAGAAGCUCCGAGACCAACUACGAGAGCGUGAUGGAGAGCUGCAGGGGGCUGCUGGUGAUACUUGUGCUGCUGCUCAGGAGAGAGACAUCGAGGCUGAGGGGUUGCGAACAGCUCUCCGACAGAAGGAUCUGGAUCUGAAACGCCUCACCGAGGUCGUAGCAAGGAAUGAGGAAAUGAUUCAGAUGCUGGGUGGGACGCUGAAGGAAAAGGACACUGUCGCUGAGCAGCUGGAAGCUCAGUGUAAGAACCUGAAGGAGGUGGGCAGCAGGAGGGAGAGGGAGAGAAUGGCCUCACUGCAGGAGAAGGACCAUCUCAUCGCUCAGCUCCGGGUCGCGCUCAACAACAGCAUCAAAGACGUGGAGGCCCUCACUGACUCAGUGUUGAGCCGGGGCCUGGAGUCGGGAUGUGAGUCCGAGCCUGCCCCCCUAGGCCUGAGGCUGAAGGAGAAGGCAGAGCUGCUGGGCCGGAUGCUCUCUGAUCAGGAACGGCGGGAUGUGGACCACCGGGAAGCCAUCGCGGACCUUCUCAGCAUCAUCGGGAAACGGGACCAGGUCAUACAGGAACUAUCGCAGCGUCACCGGGAAGUGCUGGCCAGUGAGGCCGAGAAAGUCCGGAGUCUCCGGACACAGCUCUCCGCCAGAGAGCGGGAAGUGGCCAAACUCCAGACCUUGCAGUCAACUCGGGUUCAGGAAUGUUUGACUGAACUGGAGGACCUGAGGGGAAUACUGGAACACAAGGACCAAGUGAUCCUGGGUCUUUUGGAAGACGGCCAAGCGAGAGACCGGCUGCUGUCCACCCUCCAGGAACAGCUCAGUGAGUCUGUGUUACUGAAGGUCACUAUGAAGCAGACCCUGUGAGACCACAGAGAGUGUCUCGGGAUGGACCCAGAACUCGAUCAGCACAUCGUCGAUGAUGAUGGACACCCAGAGAACUGCCAAACGGUCUCCUCUCCCUCCUGCUGGAGCUUGUGGGUGUUCCUGAACCCUGUCAAUGCGGACUCAACAUGUCAACACGCUCUCCCACGUUCUCUCUCUUCCCCCUCCCUCCCCUGCUCUCUCUCACACCUCAGACACUGCCAGACCUGCUGAGUUUCUCCGCCAGAUCUAUGAGAGCUACCAUUGAGUUAAGGAUCAUGUUCAGAAGAGUUUGUCCUUCUCCCCCUCCCUCCCUUGCUCCCCUCUCCCCUCUCCCCCUCGGAUUCCCCCUCCCCAGGGUGUGGAACACCUUGUCUGGGUUGGUCUCUCCUUCCUUUCUGGGAUUGGGGUUUGCCGGAGAGCUGGGUAAUGCCUCACUUCUCUGGAUUAGCUCCUGGGUGGAGUGAGCACACAUGCAUACACACACACUCAAAUACACCCCAACACGUGCACACGCGUACACACACGUGCGCACACAUGUACACGUGCACAUGCACACGUACACUUGCACACACACACUUGCACGUGCACACACGUACACUUGCGCACACACACACUUACACAAACACGAGCACACACAUGCGCGUGCACACACACUCACUCACUUACACACUCUCUCUCUCUCGCUCACAUUCUCUCUCCCUCACACACAUUCACACACACAUUCUCACACACACACACACACACACUGUCUCUCACUCUCUCACACGCUCUCACACGUACACUCAAACACACCACCAACACACUCACUCACUCACACACACGUGCGCAUAGUGUGGUUUCUGGGAAUGGGAUCUGUGCUUAAAUCUUCAUCUUCCCACUUAGUUACUGGGAAUACUCCAUGUAACAUCUGAAAUUCCUAAACGUAUAUUAAAUCUUCUGUACCCGGUUUAUUUUUUCUAAUGUAAAUUAUAAAGGUGAAUUGGUAAGGGCA